AUGAACCUUUUUUUUCUAAAAUGUUUUUCAUUCCUCUUUUUUUUAAGUUUAAAAAUAAAAUGCGGCUGUUUGUGUUCUACUACCAAACAGAACAACCAUUUACAAAACUUUUGGAAGAAAUUUAAGGAUUUGUUUGUAGACAAAGAAACUGAACGAAAUAAAAAUAUUAUAACAUAUAAUUUUAUAAAAAAUAGUAGAGAAACGAGUUAUAAAGAUAUAAUAAAUAAUAAUGAAAAAACUGGAUAUGAAGUAAAUCACAUUAAUAGAUUAAUAUAUAUUAAUAAUUUUAAGACAUAUAUAUUAAGUGCGUAUAUUCCAUAUAUACAUAUGAGUGUUAGAGAUAUAUAUAUUAUUUUAAAAAAAAUAAAAGAAUUAAAUUUUAAUACAGUAUAUACGUUUUUAUUUUGGCCAGAAAAUGAAUAUUUAGAAGAUCAAUAUGAUACUAGUAAUUCAAAACUUUUUUAUUUAUUAAACUUUUGUGCAUCGAAUGGACUUUUUGUUAUAUUAGACAUAGGACCAUAUGUUGAUAAUGUGUAUAAUUCAAAUAUACCACCAUAUAUUUUGUUUAAUAAAAAAAUUAACAAUUAUAUUAACAAGUCAUAUUCUGAAAAUAGGAAUAAAGGACUGCAUCGAUUUUCUCCUUGGAACAUAUGGAAACGAAAUAAAAAACAAUACGAGGAAAAUUAUGAUGAUUUGAAUAGUCUAAAAAAAUAUGAUAUCGAUAAAAUUAUAAAUAAAAAAAAAACUGCAUAUAAUAAGAAUAAUAAUGUAGAAAAUAAUUAUAUAUACAGCUUAUAUUAUUUUCAAAGAGUUAUAAAAUGGUUUAAUUAUAUAUUACCAAAAUUAAAGAAAUAUGUUAAUAUAAACAAUGGGCCAAUUAUAUAUAUAAAUAUAGACAAAACAUUUGAUAAUGAUUAUAUGUAUACAAUAAUUUAUUUAAAAAGAAAAAAAAAAUUUCAAAACAUAUGUAAAAUUGAAGAUUAUUUUGGAAAUGAUAAAAAAAAAAGUGCUACGACAUUUUUAAGUUGCGUUAUAAAUUUUUUUAAAAGGAUAAGAAGAAGUUAUAUAUUAACUUUAGGCUAUUUGUUAUAUAUACGAUUUAAUACAUAUAUAAAAGUUAUACAUGCUUAUGAAAGUGGGCUAAUUUAUAUAAAUGAAAUUAAUAAAUUAGUACAAAAACAUUUAAAAAAAAUUAAUAUAUUAACAACAAAUUAUCCAUAUAGUAAAGAUGAAUUUAUAAAUACAUAUGCAGGAAAUAAUUGUUAUAAUCAUUUUUUGCAAAAUAAUUGGUUUGAUAAUGAAUGUAUAAAAUUGAAUAAACCUUGUAUUUGGUCUCAAGUAUGGACAGGCGCUAAAUAUAGUAUACAUAAUGUUAGCUCACCAUAUAUUUUAAAAAAGGAAUUUGAUGAUCCAAUACUUUAUGAAGCAUCAGAAAUAUCAUCUUCAAAUAUUGAACAAAUUGAAAAAAAUGCAGAAAAUUCUAGUAUUGAUGGAAAAACUGGUUUUAUAAAAGAUCAUGAUAGUAAUACUGGGAAUAAGAUAGAUAAGGAUAAGGUUUCCAAACUUAAUGCAGAAUAUUUUGGAAAUAAUAAAAAUGAUGAAAGCGAAAAUGGUGGCAAGGCAUCGAAUAGUAGCAAUGAGGAAAAUGAUGACGAAAUAUAUUCAGAUGAUGAACAAACAGAAAACGAAAGCAUAAGUGAUAAAAGCAAUGAAAGUAGCAAAGAAAAAAGAAUUCAACACAACUAUAACAGUUACAUAGGAUAUAUAAGAAGCUACAAAGAUUUAAUGUUUAACAUAUUAAUUUUUUUAGCAAAAGGUGGGGUAUUUAUAAAUAUUUUUCCUUUCUAUAGUGGAAAUAACAUAAACAACUUAUAUUCUUAUUUAGAACAUUAUAGUAAAGAAACUGGUCAGCCUUUAGAUAUUUAUUUUAAUAAAAAAGAACCAUUAUAUUCUCAUAUUAAAAAACUUUUUAAAAUAAUAUCCAAAUAUGGGCAAUAUUUAUUGAAAGAAGAUAAAUUUAUACAUCCUGUAAAAAUAUCAAAUAAUAUGGAAAUUUACGACUAUGAUGUUAUAAAAAUCAUUUGCAAUAAUAGCAUAAAAGGAACUAACUAUUUCAGAUUAGAUCAUUUAAGUUAUAACAUGAAUAGCUUUAGCUGUAUUAUAUAUAAUACAAAUAAGAAAAAAAUUAUUUAUGAUUCAUCCUAUAAUUAUAGUUAUGAGUAUUCAUAUGUUAAAAAAAAAGAAACAUACAAGCCUAUUGAUAAAUAUUUAUACUCUAUAAAAUCUGUAAAUGAAGGACCAAGCAUGUGCCUAAAGGGGGACACUAUAAAUUCAAAAAAUGAUAAAAAAAAGAAAAACACAAAAGAAAAAAACAUAUAUGAAUCAAAAAAUAAAAAUUUAAUACCAAAAAGUAUAACUAAAUAUAUUAAUGUGCUUUCACGGGCUUUUCCAAAUAAUCAUUCUCAAAUUUUAUACGAAAUAAAUGUGUUAAAUCAUUAUUAUAUAACGUUGGAUUUAACAAAAUUUCAGUGGUAUAUCUUAGUAAUGAAAGAUAAUAUAAACUAUGUGAAAUUAUUUUUAAGUAAUCACAGUUUAUAUAUAUAUAUAUAUGCCGAUAACAAAUUUAUAUAUGGAGGAUUUAAUGAGUAUAAAUAUGUUGAAAUUAUAAAUGCAAAAAAUAUUUACAUUAUUUGCACAAAUUUGGGAAUCGGGUUUCCAAAGAAAAAUAUCAGAACAGAUUUUAUUGAAAAUAUAAAUUUAAAUGAUCUAAGAAAUCACGAUUAUUUUGAAAAUGAUAAUAAUGAUGGAGAAAAUACUCAACCGAAAAAUUAUGAACAAAAUAGCUAUAUUAACCUAAAUUUGCACACACACAAAAAAAAAAAAAAUAACAAUGAAAAAGAUGAUAUGAACGAAUCAGGUGAAAAGUCCAAAUUUAGUGAUAAUAAAAAUAAAUUCAGUAAUAAUUAUUAUAAUAAUAGUAAUAAGGAAAAAGGUGUUAAUAUGGGAAAAGGUCCAAAUGAUGGAAAUAGUCAGAAUAAUAAACGAAAAAAAAAAUCGAUUUUUGUUGAUUUUGAACUCGAUGAAAAUGAUGACAGUAUUAAUAGCAUGUAUGAAGAAAAUAUUAAGCAUAAUUAUUAUGAAAGAGAAAGUAUAAACACUUUUAUAUUUAUCGUUACACAAAAUGAAUACGAUAUAUAUAAUUGUGUUGGAUUAAAUGGGGAAAUAAUGAAAAACGAAAAGUCUAUAGAACAGUAUAAAAAUACAUACAAUAUGCUUGAUUUCUCCGCGUUAAAAUAUGAUAUACAAAAUAGAGCAUUUUCUAAAUUUCGAAAUAAUGAUGAAACAAAUAUAACGAACAAAAAAAAUAGCGAUAAAAAUAUCAUUUUAAAUGUAGAUAAAGGGAACAAUAUAAAUGAUGACAAAUAUUCUACUCGAACAAGUAAUAUAAAUAAAAAUGUGAAUUAUAACAUAUCAAAUUUUGAAUUUUUAAUGUCUAAUAAAAAAUUAGAAAUAAAAAGUCUUACAAAAAAUAUUUUAAAAAUGUGCUCAUCAGGAGUUUUAUCUUUUUUUUUUAAUAAAAUAAAUUACUAUUGUAAAACUGGAAUAUUUAAAAUUUUAAAUAGAUUUAAUAAGGUUAAUAAAAAUUUAAUUAAUUCCCCAUUAUCUUGGUAUACAUUGUUAUAUUAUAUUAAUAACAUAGAUUUUAUAAGAUCAAAAUACUUGUUAAAAUUAACUUCAUAUGAUGAAAAAACAGGUACAAUAGAUGGAUUAUUUAGGGGAUUUGUUUAUAUUAAUAAUCAUGUGUUAGGAAGUUUUUGGGUUACAGAUGAUAAAGUAAGUUAUGAAAAUGAAAUUAAUGAAGAUAAGCUAUUAAAAAAAAAGACAAAGAAAAAAAAAACGAAAACAAAAACAAAAAAAGAAAAGAUGGCAAAUAAUGAAAAUUUAAUUACUAUACCUUUAACAAGAUAUAUGAGAAUACCAACGGAUUGGUUAGUUGAAGGAAUCAAUGUUAUAAUAAUUUUUGAUGAAUUUGGAGGUAACCCAUAUAAAGUAGCAAUUGUACAAGAAGUUUUACAUGGAGGUGUAUAUAGCUUAACAAAAAAAGAGAAAUAUGUAAAUUGGCUUUUAUUGCUUUUUAUUUUGAGCUUUAUUGUUUUUAUUAUAUUUUUUUGUUUUAAAGCAUUAAAUAAUUAUUUUAAAACUAAAGAAGAAAAUGAGAGAAAUAAACAAAAUUAUCAAAAUAUAAUUGAAAAUAUCAUAACACAUAAUAUAUAUGUAAAUAGUUCAUAUGAUGAUGCAACAGAAGAAUCAAAUAGUGAGCACAUUCAAAAUGUGAGUGACUUUUUGGACUCAUAA